AUCGAUGAUCUCAGGAUCGCUUACUUUAGUCUGUUCAUCGGCUCAUGGCGCUGCUCUGUCAGUUGCUGUUGUGACACAAUAGGAGUGUGUGUCGUUGCCUAGUGACCGGAGUGAACAUGGGCCGCCACUCCUCAGACAGCGAGGACAACAGUCGAAGCCGGAGGAAGAGGAGAACGAAACAGCGCUCUUCCUCCUCCAGCUCCACUGAAAGCAGAGUGACCAGCCGCAGCAAACACUCCCGGAGACGCACUCGCUCCAGAGACCGAAACAGAGUCACAGACAGGAGGCGCAGAAAGCGCUCCAACAGCAGCUCUUCCAGAGGGUCCGUUCACAGGAGGCGGAGCCGAAGCGCAGAUAAGGGGCGGAGCCACAGGUCUCGCAGAUCUCAGUCCCGCAGUCGAAACAGGAGGUCUCGUUCCCGUCCCCGAAGGUCUCGCAGUGGCAGCAGUGGCCGGUCCAGCAGGAAGCGUAGUCGCAGCAGAGAUCGUGAUCAUGGCCAGCGCAGGACUCGAGACAAAGACAGGACACGAGACCGAACUAAAGACAAAGAGGCCGACAGAGCCAGGGACAAGGACAAACAAAGGGAAACCGGGAACAUCAAAGCUGGAUUAGAACAUCUGACUCCUGCAGAACAGGCCAAAGCUCGACUCCAGCUGGUGCUUCAAGCCGCAGCUAAAACUGAUGAAGUGCUGAAAGCAAAGGAAAAUAUUAAAGAAGAAAAGACAAUAAAGGAGGAAGGUGAGAAAAAAAUGUAACCUCAAACUAAGGUG